GCUCCGGCUGGGAAACACGCUGAAGUGGCCGCCUCAGGGAUUAACAGCAGCAAGGGAUGCGGAGCGUUAUAAGGACCAUGAUACCUGUAGAGCACUUCUGAGCAGAGCCCGGCUUGAAUAAAAGGACUUGUGGUUUGGAGAGAAAGAACUCCUGCUCAGCUAGACGUACAAAAGCUGGCCGAGUCUUUUCCCUGAGAUAUAUUUUUGAGGAUCUCUCUCCAUCCUCAGUGGGUCAUGUCACUGGAACUGCUUUUAUGUUCGAAGUAAAGGCUUAUCUCUCUCUGUGCCCUCCUCCCGGCGCCUGUCAUCGAUGUGGCAUGCAGCUUAAAAACCCUCUGUCAGCUACUGAAGAGCUCAUUCUGGCUCUCAGCUGUGGAUGAAGUAAGGACACGCUGGCCUGAAUGGAGAGAUGAGGCAAACACUUUGGAAGGUUUGAAUUAGUCUAUUGGUGGCACUGGAGCAGGAGCCCACUCCACUAAGAGGGAUUCCUGCUAACAUGGAGAUUUUCAUCCAUGAAGAGGAAGAGUUGGAUGGAUUUUGAAAAGCAGACCUCUAUGGUAUUGUUCUGAGGACGGGGCUUUUUCCAGGAGGAGAAGCUGAUUCCCUGAUCACUGCCAGCCAACACCAUGACCGACUCUCACAUGUCCAGCUCUGUGGGCAGCUUCAACGGCAGCGCUCCUGCUGCCACCGACUGGAACAUCACAGGCAGCGGCCCAUGGCUGCUGGCCUUCAUGCUGACAGCCAUCAUCCUUAUGACCAUCUGUGGCAACAUCCUGCUCAUCGCUUUGGUGUUUGCCCAUCGCUCUUUGCGUUGCACCUCCAACUGCUUCCUGGUGUCUUUGUUCUUCUCCGACCUGAUGGUGGCCUUGGUGGUCAUGCCUCCGGCCAUGCUCAACGUGCUGUGUGGCUCCUGGGUGUUGUGGCCUGCUUUUUGCCCGGUUUGGCUAUGCUUUGAUGUCAUGUGCUGCAGCGCGUCCAUCCUAAACCUGUGCGUGAUCAGCCUGGACCGUUAUAUCUUCAUUAUUUCACCGCUGCGCUACAAGCAGAGGAUGACUCCACCACGGGCCCUGCUUCUGGUUGGAGCUGCUUGGGGUCUGGCAGUACUGGCCUCCUUUUUACCCAUUGAGAUGAACUGGCACAGUUUAGGCCACGGGAAUGAAGACCCCCCAAUUCCUCAAGUCAGUCUUGGUAACAUCAGUUCUUUCUAUGAAAAACUGUACCCAGAGUCCUACUUUCAGCUCUCACCAUCAGGAGGUGCGUCGUUUCAGUGCCGCCUGCAGGUGACCCUGCCCUUUGCCCUGGUGGCAUCCGUGCUUACCUUCUUUCUGCCCUCCAGCGCCAUUUGCUUCACCUAUUGCCGCAUCCUUCUGGCCGCACGCAGACAAGCAAAGAGAGUUGCAGCACUGAGCCACCCACCACACCCUCAUCCAUCCCUUGGAGAACCUUCCCGGCCUCCUUCCUCCAGAGUUGAAGCAAGGUCAGCUCAGCAGGAUGGAUAUAAAUUCAAUCACGGACCUCCCAUGUGUCAAAAUGUACUGCUGUCUGUGACCAGUGAGCGCCGUCUUGCUCACAAGCAGGGUCGGAGGGCGCUGAAGGCCAGUCUCACACUGGGAGUCCUCCUGGGACUCUUCUUCAGUGCUUGGUUGCCCUUUUUCAUCACCAACAUGGCUCAGGCAGUGUGCGAGUGUGUCCCACUGGAGCUUUUUGAUGCCAUCACCUGGCUGGGUUACUGUAAUAGCACCAUAAACCCCAUCAUCUAUCCGCUGUUCAUGAGGGACUUCAAGCGAGCUCUGGCAAAGCUUCUGCCCUGCUGUUCCUCGCGCUCCCCUAGAAGACCCUCACCAGCUCUCUCCAUCUCUCUGCGUAACUCAGGGGAGCCCAACAUUGCCAGCGACCCCACCUCGCCUCUGAACUCCGACCCCACCCAGCCACCUGCCACCGCCACGGACGCCGUCAACCUGCUGGAUGCCGAACACGCUGGGAUUGAGAUGCCUCUUCUUCUUCCAAAUCAGGUUGACACCCUGGAAUGAAGAACUAUGGAAGCACAAAACAUUUAAAGGUUCAGUGAUGGAUUCUGCAUCGCGCUGGCUUGCUGUUCCAUGUCGUCCACGACGGUCUGGGCGGCUUUUACAGUCUGAGGAAGAACAAACGAAGCUCCUGGCACCUCUUUGGUGGGAACUCCGACUGCCACCAAGAUGGUGUCCAUCUGACGCAUGUAGUCCAAGUGGCCUUUCACCUGAGACAGGAUUUAGAUUUGUUUUACUUUACUUGUGAUUUUAUUUACAUCAUCGUCAUUUCAAAAUCAUCAUUUUUAGGAAAUUGUAAAUUAAAUAAUUAUAUAGUUGGAAGCAAAUAUUUGCAGAUGCUGUGAAAGACAUGAACUUUUCACUGUUUAAGAUUAUAGAAAAUCAAACCUUUCCUGUUUGGGUCCAGCCAGCUUUACCAAAAUCACCUCAUCUUUUAUAAAUUCCAGAAUUUUAAGAUAAAUCUUGGUGUAAGUAGAUAUUUGUUAUUUCAGCCUUUUAGACUC